UAGUUAAACUCUCUCCUAAUAUUAUACUCAGCAGUUUAAUUCACUUCCUUUUAAAUUCACUGCAUAACCCACACUAAUGCAGUUUUGCUCUAUAUAUUUCCCUCACUCCAGUAAAGCUCCAUUACAAUUUGGACUGCUCAUACUUCAUUCCUCAUUAAAUUUUAUAUUCCAGUUUAGAUUGUAGAUUCAAUCAACUGAUACUUUUCUUGGAUGUGGCAUAAUUUUGCCAAAUAUUGUAUGGUAGUAAUUAAUUAGUUCAGUCUUGCCUGUUCUCUCCUUAUCUAUCUUUAAAAGUUCUGAAUACCUUACCUAGAAGGCCAGAAUUGUUUAAUCACUCUCUGCCAGUAUAUAUACCCAGUCUUCACAGAAAUCACAGUCUCUGUUUGCACAGUUUGAUACCCAACUUCAUAUACAUCACAUUUCAUAUUGCUCUAUUUUUGGUCUUCUCUGUCUGCAAAUUGAAAUACCCAACUUCAUAUAAAUCACAGUUUUCUUUUCCUUUCUUUAAUCGGUUUCUUUGUUUACACAGUUGACUAACCAACUUAAUAUAUGCCAGAGUCUGUUUUAUUUUUGCUUAGUUGUGUUUGAAUUUCAUCGCAAUGGCUGCUGUAAAUUACUUUGGAUUGUUUCUCUCCAUAUUAUUUGGGUUACUGCACUGCAUAUGCUGCGACCCACCCAAAUUAUGCACAAACAGUAUUCCUCCGGAGAUGGCGUCUCAUACAUAUCGUUAUGCUCUGGGUACUUCUCAUAACGGAACAUGGAAAGCAGAGUUAAAUUCACAGAAUCAUCAUGAUGACCAUUUAACUCCCACUGAAGAAAGUGAAUGGAAUCGUCUGCAACCUCCAAACAGAUCAAAUCUGGAAAAUGAAAAAAUUUCCUCUGCUGAGGAGGAAUUCAAGUGGACUAUGCUGUAUAGGAGGAUGAGAUACAACAUGGAAACAAAUACUCCAAAUAAUAAUUUUCUGCUUGAGGUUCCAUUGCACAAUGUUCGGCUGGACUUAAAUUCGCUACAUGGCACUGCUCAGAACACUAAUUUGGAGUAUUUAAUGCUUCUGGAUGUGGAUAAUCUGGUCUGGAGUUUCAGAAAAACAGCAGGCCUGCCUACCCCUGGGACUCCUUAUGGCGGUUGGGAAGCUCCCAAUGUUGAACUCAGAGGACAUUUUGUUGGGCAUUACAUGAGCUCAUCAGCAAUGACAUGGGCUGCUACCCAAAACGAGGCCAUUCGCGAAAAGAUGACAGCUGUGGUGUCUGGUCUUUACGAAUGCCAGAAAGCAAUGGGGACGGGUUAUCUCUCUGCUUUUCCUUCUGAGGAAUUCGAUCGUUUUGAAAUGCUGAAGCCUGUUUGGGCUCCCUAUUAUACUAUUCACAAGAUUAUGGCAGGAUUGCUGGAUCAAUAUACAUUUGCUGGAAAUGCUCAAGCAUUAAGUAUGAUCGUAUGGAUGGCUGAUUACUUCUACACUCGUGUUCAAAAUGUUAUACGGAAAUAUACUAUAGAACGGCACUGGGAUUCUCUCAAUGAAGAGGUUGGUGGUAUGAAUGAUGUUCUCUAUCGCCUAUACACACAUUCGGGGGAUCAAAAACAUCUGGAGCUUGCUCACCUCUUUGAUAAGCCGUGCUUUAUAGGAUUGCUAGCUGUUCAGGCAGAUGACAUUGCAGAUCUCCACGCCAAUACACACAUUCCUAUAGUUGUAGGGGCCCAAAUGCGAUAUGAGGUUGUUGGUGAUUCACUUUACAAGGAUAUUAGCACAUUCUUCAUGGAUAUCAUUAAUUCAUCGCAUUCCUAUGCAACUGGUGGAACAUCAGUUGAUGAAUUUUGGAGGUAUCCAAAAAGAAUUGCUACACAACUUAGCACUGAGAAUGAAGAGUCUUGUACUACUUACAACAUGUUGAAGGUUGCUCGUAAUUUGUUUCGAUGGACUAAAGAUAUGGUGUAUGCGGACUAUUAUGAGCGUGCUUUAACAAAUGGUGUGCUCAGCAUCCAAAGAGGCACAGAACCUGGGAUGAUGAUUUACAUGCUUCCCCAAGCACCAGGGGUUUCUAAGGCUCACACUUAUCAUGGUUGGGGUACAAAAUAUGAUUCCUUUUGGUGUUGCUAUGGCACAGCCACUGAAUCAUUUGCUAAAUUGGGAGAUUCCAUAUACUUCCUAGAGAAAGGCGCUAGCCCUAGUUUGUAUAUAAUUCAAUUCAUAGAUAGCACACUGACGUGGGAUGAAACUGGAUUUGCUUUGAAGCAACUAGUUCAACAACCAUCUUCAAUGGAUCCAUACCUUCAAGUGUCAGUGGAGUUCUCUGCAUUGAAGGAUGCAAUGGAGAGUGAGGAGUCUACUGUGAAUAUUCGAAUACCAUUUUGGACAACAGGGAGUGCAAGGGCAAUGCUCAACUCUGAAGAAUUAUCCUUGCCAUAUCCAGGAAAUGUUUUGACAAUUACAAGAAAAUGGACAUCAGGAGACAAAGUAUCUCUAUCCUUACCAGUUAGCCUCAUUACAGAGAAAAUCAAAGAUGAUCGUCCUGAAUAUGAAUCUAUUCAAGCAAUUCUAUUUGGUCCUUACUUGCUAGCUGCCAUGAGUCAUGGAGAAUGGGACUUGAACUUAGAAAAUCCAUCUUCAUUAUCUGAUUGGAUUGUAGCAGUCCCUACUUCUUAUGCUUCUCAGUUAUACACUUUGGGACAAGAAAGGAAGAUAUCUAAUAUGCAUGCCUCACAAAACAGCACUCUUAUAUUUACAUACAAUAAUGCUCUUAGACAAAUAAUUAUGAACCCUUUUCCAAUGUUGGGGACAGAUGAAGCAGCUCAUGGCACUUUUAGAAUAGUAGAUACUGCUAAUCCUGAGAGAAUAUCAAAUUCAAUCAUGGAUUUUGUUGGGAAAACUGUUUAUUUGGAGCCCUUUCCUCAGCCUGGAAUGUUUAUUGCACAUCAAGGGAUAAACAAUAAUGUGACUGCUUCACAUAAAGUUGAGGAUAGCCUUUCAAAUAAGGAUAGCACAAGCAUUUUCAAAGUACAUCUUGGAUUGGAUAAGAGUAAAAAUUCUCUAUCUUUUGAGUCUGUAGAUCACCCUUCUUGUUUUCUAUAUGGAGGAACAAGCUACCAAGUUCAACAAGCUGUUCAAUUGAAAUGCAUUCCUAAGAGAGGUAGUUCAGAAUUCUACCAUGCAGUAAGCUUCAAUGUGAAUUCAGGCAUGAGCACAUAUCAUCCCAUGAGUUUCAUUGCUACUGGUUCAAACAGGAAUUACCUUCUUUCACCUCUCUUGGCUUUCAAGGAUGAAAGAUAUUCUGUGUAUUUGAAUAUCACUAGUUGAUCAUUUUAUACCUAGUAUUAUUUCAGUUUGUACCCUUUGUAAAAUAGUUUAAUAUGUAAAUAAUUUAGUAGACAAAUAUAAUUGUGUAAUAAGAAUUAUUAACUUAAAUUUCAUUUG